AUGUUCGAGACCACAACCAGAAAUGUGGAAUUAGCUAGUAUCUUGAACAAGCCUAUACACGAGAAGGUUGAUCUUCUCAUAGGCCAACCUAUCGAGUCGUGGAUCACAACAUCUGAUAUUCUAAAGGGCGUCGUAUCCUUCAUAUUUGACUAUGCUGUUCUCGAACCUACGUUUUGCCCCAUGUUUGCUCAGUUGUGUUCGGAUCUCAAAAGGAAACUCCCCCCAUUUCCAUCUGAUGAGCCUGGUGGAAAAGAGAUCACAUUCGGGCGAGUGAUGUUGAAUACUUGCCAGGAGGCUUUCGAAAGUUUAGUCAGACUGAGGAAAAAAACAAGGCCGACUAUCACCGCUCCUGAUCACCAAGAGUCCGAACGUAGUUAUAGAGAUAAAGAAAGAAUAGUUAAGCAACGUGGUUUCGGAAGCAUCCGUUUGAUUGGAGAGCUUUUCAAACAGAAGAUGGUGGCUGCAUCGAUUGUUCGCCACAUUGUCCUGGAGCUUUUAGCACCCGCUAGUCCGGAGGAAGAAAAUGUGGAGGCCAUAUGCCAGUUUUUGCAAACCAUAGGCAAGCAACUUGAUGAGUGCCCAACAUCGAAGAGUAUUAACGAUAUUUACUUCUACCGACUGACAGAGAUAUUAACGAAACUACAACUCGCCCAACGGAUAAGAUUUAUUGUUCGUGAUAUUCUUGAUCUUCGCUUGAAUAAAUGGGUUCCCAUCCCGGAAGAGGAGAAGGCCAUCAGAUUUAUGGACUUCCGUCAAUAUAGUCCUGGUUUUACUUCGUCGGACAUCUAUGGAUCUCAACCACGAAAGAAACCAUUGGCGAAUCAGAGAUUUCCGCAUCCAAGAGUGGCCAGUUUCACUAUCGCUACAUAUAAUGCCCUAGUGGAUACACUUAAUGGUGUUUUCACUCCUUUUCGUUCAGAGGAAUACUUUUGGUAUCCCGUAGACUAUCAGGAGUCUAUUCGAAGUCAAUCCAAAUCUAUCAAAGUAGCUACUCUUUCCAAUGUGAAUAACGCAGAUGAAAUCAAGAGAUUAACGAUCUCUCUCUUAAACGAAUAUUUCAGUGUUCUUAUUCUUGACGAUGUUUUACAAUUCGUAGAAGAGCUAAAAUUCCCCUAUGAUUACCCGGAGUUUGUGAAGGAGGCCAUUUUACUCUUCUUAGACAGAAGCCCACCAUGUGUCGAACCCAUCGCUAAACUCCUGGACUUCCUGUUAUUGAAAAAGAUUCUGGUCAAAAGCGACUUAAGAACCGGGUGCAGAAGCUAUGCAUCGAUGUUAACAUUAGAUGAUGUCGCCAGUGAUUUACGACUAGCACCUAACGACUUUGGGGAGAUUAUGGGACAUUUGGUGUUGUCUCGUUGCAUAGAUUUUAAGGUCGUCGGAGAAGUUAUUGAUGAAAUUGAAGAUGACCACUACUUUCGACAGGCCGUGUUUGAUGGAGUGAUGAGGAUUGUUGGUUCAAGUUCUUCUGCUAAUGUCCUUUUGGCAGCACAAGCUGAUGAUGUUGCCGCAUGCAAAAGCCUCUAUUAAGUGUAUUAUCUAUAAAAUUUACCUAGUAGAUGGUAGCUCGUAAUGGUUGCCUCGUUAGAGUAUAUUAUGAUUUUACCUGGAACUCUACAGCAAUAUGCAUGUUUGUGUGAAAAGAGAAACAAUCAACUGAAUUUUUGAACUUUUUUUGAAUAUAAAUUUGGUGUGC